AAUUUAGACCCAGGCGGUAAAUUCCAGCUAAGUAUAUAUAAGUAGCCAUCAAACGCAGCUAUUCCACUGGCAAACCUACACACACUAUUGAGCCUCUGUCACGAGAAGCCAAUGUACUCGUGCGACCACGAAUGCACGGCGCCAACGCACACCGCGUUCGGCGCCAAGUACCAGCCGUGCAUCGGUGUCUCGGGGCGCCCUGACCAUCACGCCGUCGGGAGGCUGCAGCAGCCGGCUGGCAAGGCCGCCGCCGCCGCCGUCGUUUCCGCGGCCGCGCAGCCUCAGCGCGCCGCCAAGAAGAGGCAUGCGGCGGCGCCGCCGCCGCGCCCGUCGGCGUCGACGUCGCGCCGCUCGUCGACCACCGUGGUGGCGACCGACGUGUCCAGCUUCCGCUCCAUGGUGCAGGAGCUCACCGGCUUCCCGGCGGCCGCCAUCUUCCGGCCGCUGCCUCGUAGGAUCCCCGUCCACGCGGUCAACCCGUCGCCCGCGGUGCGUGGGUACGGUGGUGGCGCGCUUCAGGGGCACGGUUCGGACACGGCGACUGCUGCCGGCAGCAGCAGCAGCAGCAACCCGGGCGUCUCGACCGUGCAGCUGAUGCAGUGCUCGCCGCCCGGCGUGUUCGAUGGGCUGCCGGACCUUGGGUCGCCGGAGUUCGACUCGUGGCUCGAUUUGUCCGACGAGUAACCUCUCCUUGUCGGACUGGUCAAUGGAAGCCAAUACAAUACUGUAGUAAAGGUUUGGUAAUUGGCAGUACAGUACUUUCUUUCUGCGCAUGCAUCUCUUAAGGUUAGUGUGUUAUAACAUCCUUGAAAAAAAUGAUGGCGUUUGUACUCAAGCUUUCCCAAAUUUGCAGAAAUAUGCGUUAAUACACUCAUGUAAUCUCAAUUCUUGGUUGGCUUUUUUGGACUUCGUUACUUACAAGAUUGGUUGAAAUUAGUCUAGCAAUUCUGUCGGAUGUUCUUCUUUCAGAGAGAAAAAAAAAGCUGUCAGAUGUUCAACUA